GGACAAUAGUCCAUACAGUCGGCGCCGGCGUGGGUGUCGUUUGCAAGGGCGAGGCCGUCACCCGCGGUCGUGUUUGUAUAUAUAUUAUAUGAUAUCGUCUCAUGGUACCACGUCUCAAACGUAUAGACCGCCAAAAUCGUUUUCCUCGACCGUUUUUUAUUUUUAUAUUUUCGGACACGACUUCCGGACGCAUUAUCGACGACGACGACUUUUUAUAUAGGAUUCAACAUGUUCUAGUUCGAUCGUCGAAUCCGUUUUUUUUCUCGAUACGCCGGCCGCAUACUCACCGGCUGUCACUAAUAAUAAUUCGCGUACGUGUGCAGUCUUAUACGCCCUGUCAUGUGCCGCGACGCGCCCGAUCACAACAAUUAUUGUCACGAUAACACAGCCGCGUGACACAACACACAACGUAUCGCGAUUCUUCUAGGGGCGAUAUUGUUCUACACCGCGCACACCUACGCGUAUGUUGGGUUACCGCAAGUUUAUAUUAUACGUUUUUCAUAUUUUAUCGUUACAACACAAUAUAGUAAAACGUAAUCAUUGUGAGAAGUGCCUGUACAUUGUACGACAGACGGCUAUCAGGUGUCUAUAUUAUAUUAUUAUUAUCAUAAUAUAAUAAUAUCUCUCGCAACCGGACCGCAACAGUCCUGCAGCGAUCGAUGGACAUCAAGGGUAAGGUCGCCAUGGUUACAGGCGGGGCCGCCGGCAUUGGUCGCGCGUACUGCGAGGAGCUGCUGAAAAACGGAGCCAAAGUAUCCAUAUGUGACAUCAACGAAGACGUCGGUGUCAAGUUGGCCGACCUAUUGGGCGCCAAGUUUGGAAACGUCAAAGUGAUAUUUUGUCCAUGCGACGUCACCGAUUAUCCACAGUUUCAAGAUGCGUUCAGAAAGACUAUAGCAGCUUUUGGUGGACUUGACAUAGUGGUUAACAAUGCAGGUGUGUUCAACGACCGAUUCUGGGAAUUCGAAGUGGAUGUGAACUUGAAUGGAGUCAUCAGAGGAACACUGCUAGCGAUGCAACUCAUGGGCAAGGACAAAGGAGGCCGUGGUGGUACAGUUGUCGUAACUUCAUCUACAAUGGGAUAUAAACCAUGUCCUAGCAUGCCGAUCUACACAGCGACCAAACAUGCUCUAAUUGGUUUCAUUAGGUCAUUCGGGGAUCCUUAUCACACGAAUUUAACGGGGAUUCGAGUGAUCGCUUUAUGUCCAGGGAUGACACUCACCGAUGCUAUACCCGAAGACGUUAAAUUGGCGUUACUGUCGCCCAAUUUUAUACAUCUCUGGGAUAAGGACGUUGCGUCACAAGCGCCCCAAGCUGCCCAAAGUGUGGGGCGUGCGCUAAUUCACGUACUACAGAAAGCUCAAAGUGGUUCGGUUUGGGUCGCCGAGAACAAUAAAUCAGCCAAAGAAGUCAAGUUCCCUAACUUUUAAUUUUUAGCGCCAUUUGCCAAUAAUUUUUUAUAAAAUAAUUGUUUCGUUUUUUAAUGUUUAAAUUAUUCUCCGCCUGUGGUGGUGGGAAAUUUUUUAUUUAUUAUUUAUAUAAUUAUAUGUUUUUCGUAUUUAAAUUCAAAACCCGUAAUUUAUCGUUAUUAUAAUUAUAUCAUUGUUUUAUUCGCGGAAAUCAUCAUAAUGCUUUAAUAGGUUACAUAUAAAAUAAGCAGGUACCUAUAUUAUUUAAUUUGAUAGUUAAUACUUAGCGCAGUUCUUCGAUUUAUUUGGGUAUAGUUAAAUAAAAAUAUAUUCAUGUUGACGUCACUUCGACGGAAAUAUAAAUUAAUCAACGUACAUAUACAUCAAAUAUCAUCAUAUCGAAGUAUACAUAAAAACUAUAUAAUGCCUACCUAAUGCUCAUAUAUUAAUCGUAUUAUACAUAAAUAAUAUAUAUAUAUAUGUGUGUAUAUUUUGUAUCGUAGGAAUAUAUAGAUAUGUAGUCAGAAAAAUCGGUUUAAUAUUGUUUAACGAUUAUUUCGACCGUUAUUUUUAUCAUAUCUUACGAUUUAUACACAUAUUAUAUUAUAUAAACAAUAUAUAUUAUGUAUAAUUAAAUAUUUUUAUGAAUAGGAUUUUUUAAUAAUUGUUUACGCAUUACACCAAAACUAAUAAUAAUUAUAAUAAUUAAUUAUUCAAAUUUUGUAUAUUUUUAAAAUAAUCAUCGGCUGUGAAACUAUUUUGUUUUGUGAUAGGUAUGGUAUGCUAUUUACUUAAUUACUAAUUUAUAUAAUUAUACUAGUAUAUUAUAUUUAAAACCCCCACAUUUAAGAUACUAAAAAUUAAUAACGAUAUUGUAUUUUUUUCCGGCCUAUGAUAUUUUGUUGUUGUACCAUUAUCAUCUUCGUCUUAUUAUAAGUGCAUAUUAUAAUAAUAUACACAGGGAACAUGCAAAAUGUCAUCAUCUAAAUAUAUAAUAUAUAUGCUAACUACAUAUAGGUAGCUAUUCAUAACUGUUAGGUAUUCGAUAGUACAUUAGUAGAUACCAAUUGGUAUAAUUAUCUAUCCACCUAGGUGACCGUAUCACACAUUCACUCAUAAUAUAUCACGCCCUCUUUAAAUUCAAUGAUCUUGCCGUAAUUAUUCAACUCGUAGAUAGCAUAUCAGACCACAGCCAAUACAUAAUUAUUAUAUAAUAUAUAUAUCUAUUAUGUAGAUAUACGUUUUUUUAUAAUGCUAAAUAUUAAUUACAAUACUAUUUA